AUGCAGAAACUAGCUUUAUAUAGAAUUCUUGUGCUUUUAAUGGCUGCUUUAGACUUGGGCCAAACAUUUGUCUUAAAGCAGGAGCAAGAAUUUGCCAUUGAAGGACGCACUAAAUUUGAUGAUGAUCUUAGAGAAGUUGUGGAAUUUCUGAAAUUGCAAAUGCAAUGUGGUUAUCCCAAGGCCGGAGUGCCAGCUUUGGCGCCUUAUCGUUCGGAUUUUGUGGAAUAUGAUUUUGAAAAAUCCACUUGGAGCCUUAAAGGCAAUUUCAGCAAUUUGGUUAUAACCGGCCUUAAUGAAUUCGAUGUAGUUGUUUUGCACUGGAAUAACAUUUUGCGCAAAAUAACUUUUGAGUUAAAUUUCCCCGAACUUGAAGCCAGAAGUUCAUAUAAGCUAAAUUCCAUUUCCCAGAUGUUUGCUGAACCGGCUUAUUUCUUUGGCAAUGGCCUCUUUCGUUUGGAUCUUCUCAAUCUAAGAGCCAAGGGUAGCUUCAAAUUGAAACCUUUGCUGCUAUCAGGUGGUUUGGCUGUUGUGGACUUUAAAACUCAGUUACAGUUGGAAUCUUCACGUUCCAGAAGUACUGGUUUUAUGAAUAGCUUGCUUUAUACCAAACUUUUCAAUUCUUGGAUAGAGGAAUUCAUUAAAGUAACCUUUAGCGAACAGAAGGAGGUUAGCAAUGCAGUGGAGCAUUUAGUGGUGCCGGUAAUGGAUAAAGCUUUGAAGAAUAUUUCCUUGGUGGAAUUGGUAGCAUUAAUAACGGGUUUGGCUGAAGUGGGUGUGCCCACAGAAGCGAUUUGUUAGGUUAA